AUGAUCGUGUGGGUGCAGCUACCGGCACUCAAAGUUCACUUCUAUCACAAAGAAGUUCUGCAUAUGCUGGGGAACCUAAUCGGGCGCACGAUUAAACUAGAUUACCAUACCUUAACGCAGCAGAGGGCCAAAUUUGCAAGAUUGGCGGUGGAGGUGGACCUGAGCAAACCUCUGGUCCCAAGAAUUUGGCUCGACGACGAAUGGCAGGCGGUGGAAUACGAAAACAUACCGACGGCAUGUUUUGAAUGUGGCAGGAUUGGGCAUGUUUCCGCUGCUUGCCCUCUCCUUCAACCAACGACGUCCCCGGUGAAGGCGGUGCAGGGCCUGCAAACGUCCCCGACGGCGACGGCGGAGGAACAGCCCGGCUUCGGCCCUUGGAUGCUGGUUACGCGUAAAAGUAGGCGGAACUCCCGCGACUCCACCGUGAAAGGAAAGACGGAGAUUUCGUCCAACGGCCAAAUGGGAAAAACAGGGAAGGAAGUGGCGAUGAUCAAGGGCGGAGAUAACUUACCUAAUAAGGAUGCCGUCAUCAUCUCCAGGAACGACAGGAGCGGCGGCCAAGAAAAGAAAGGAAGGAGCGGAAACAAGACAGGUGGUGACUCUCGCAAAGGGAAAGAGAAAAUGGGCUCCGAGCCCGCUUUGGAGAAAGGCCUCCUUGGUCCUGGGCCCGCUGUUAAAACCAGACCCGGGACUGGGCCUUCGGCAGCUCCUAUCAACACUCCAGGCUCCGCUUCGGAUCGGGACAUGGGUUUAUUGGGCCGGGACGAGCCCAACCCCGAAAGCCCCAAAAGGGACCCGGGCUCUCCUGCUCAGACGCUGGUGUCGGGCCCAGGCUCUUCCUCCCCCUUGGUCCACGUGAGACAGGGCCCUAAUGGCACCUCUCUGCAAAUUAUUGAGGUGAGACCGAGAAGCUCCUCCUCCAAGAACGAAGCGGAAGCGCUCUCUCCAUCGGCCAGGUCGCGGACCAAGAAGAAUAAAAUUGACAAGAACAGGCAGCCUAAACCUUCCCCUUCAAAGCUCAAAUCAAGAAAGCCUCUUCAAGUUUGGUCGCCAGUUAAAGACAGGAAGCCAAAAUCCAAAAGCAGAAUGGCUACUCUGACGCUGCAAGAGAUAUCGGCGUGGACGGAAGCUAAAAAUCAGAAAACCAGGGAGUUUGGUGCUGGGAACCCAGCGGUGUCAGCCAGCGAGCUUCCCUCCCCAACCCGCCAGGAUGCGACGGCGGCUUCGGCGGAUAACAACCAAUAG